AUGGAGGACGUUGAUCCCAGCACGCCCAGUCCAGCCAGCAGCACAAGCAAUGCGGGGAUUGCACCACUUUUCAUCCCUCUCGACAUUGACGCCCCAUUGCCAUCAAAGGACUAUGUGCGCUUUAUUGCUCUCAGUGGGGCUAAUGAUACCGGUAAUAAAAAAAAAGGACAGAAUGGAGAUUCAAACGCCAACAAUGUGUUGAAUGGUGUAAAAAAUCUCUGCAGUGGUGAAGGUGAUGAUUCUGUUGUGCGGCGAGACUUUGCAUUACAUAUGCGUGGGGCGCGGUUGUGUCGAUUGUUGGAGACGAUGCUGGAUGCUGCGGAUCUGCAGAUUGGGGAAUCACUUUACGAUAUGGACGAUGGGAGAAGUAUGAACAAAUCACACAGAGGAAAAGAUCCAUCAGAUAAUAUUCCCCCUGUUGUUUUACCCCAGGCGACAGAAAGAGGAUGUAAUGCACUUUUCUUUUAUUUGGAAAUGACAACAACACGACUGCCAACCGUAUUGAGUAAGCCACUACGGGCUCCAUUAGAGGAACUUGUACAGCCAUGGGAACUAAAAUUUCUUCUUUGUAAUUGUAUGGAUGACGCAACUAGUCAUUCUAUUGCGAAGCAAAUUAGUAACACACGUGCUGAAAGUAAAAAAGGUAAUUGUGAUGAUUUUGAUGCUACUGCGAGUUACUACCGUGUAAUUCUUAAUGGGGCCCCAAAAUCACUCGAUCUAUUAUUAGAAGUUGCAAUGUUGAGUGAUUUUCUCCUUAUAGAACCAUUAAGACAACUCACUUGUGCUUUUCUCGCAUCUCUCGCACUAAACGCUCCUUCUGAGAAUGAAUUGUUGCGUCUCUGUGGAUUGCAACGAGCACUCACAGAAGAGGAACUAGACCCAGUAUACGCACAGUUUCCCUUUCUACGCCCUGAAAAUGUUUCUGAAGCAUAA